AUGAACUUUGCAGAUGCUUAUGCCGAAUCCCCAGACUCACCAGAAACUCCACGCAUCAUCAAGGAGGUUAGAGAUGAUUUGAGAAGCCGUAUUAGUGAAUUUCACAUCGAUCUUGACGACGAAAGUAUUAGAGGGGAAGUCGCCAAACUAUCCAAUCACCAAGAUGAACUGCAGAAAGAAUUGCAGGCUGUCAUGCAAGUAGUACAAAUUGUGGAAUUCGAAGACCAUUAUGAGGAUGAUCUUGAUUUGAGCUUACGUGAUUCCUUUCAUAAAACAGGAUCUGGAAGAAGUCUUGGUAGCAUUGAGCCUCAACCUUCUAGUGAAGACCUAGAUGACACUUCACGUACGCGAGACAGCAUCCACAGCACUUCCUCUGUACAACAAAAACCAUCAUUCGCGAAAGCUUUCUUCAAACUAUCGAGACCUGAAAUCACAAUUUCACUCGAGGCACAGAAAGAACGGCAGAAGGAAAUCGUAAAAGAAAGUCUGGCGGCUGCGCACCCUGGGCUAGAAGAUAUAAUGGAGAUCCAAGAAGAAAUGCAACGAGAAAUUGUCCAGGAGCACAAGGAUACGUUGGCAGAAAAGGAAAAGGGCGACCAUGAUUUGUCACCUACCGAGGACUUGGAAGAGAAAGAGAUUUCGUUGGAGGAGGAGAAGUCAAAGCAAAUGGAAAUGUUGGCGAAAAGACUACAGGAAAUUGAUCCAGAAUUAAUGCGUCAAAUGACAUCACAAAAGAAUAGGCAAGCAGAAAUCGUUGCGAAGAAAGAAUUAGAAAUCAAAAGAGCCCAAACUCCUCCGAGAGCUCCUCGGCAAGGAAGACUCACCCAAACAAAGUCGACAAAGAACUUUUGGAAUGGUGCAAUGUCGAAACUAGAAGGGCUCGAAUGGAAACCAGCACUAGCUAAAUUGGAGAACAUGGUAGGGAGAACACCAAAAGUCAGCAGAAAAUCAGCUCCCGAGACAAUAGCUGAAGUGCUCGAGACUGACACAGACUAA